AUGUACCGCCCGGCGGUGGCUGCGUGGACUAAGCAGACCCUGCAGGACCAUUUCUUCAAGGAGGCAAAGAAACAAGGCUAUGUGUCGAGGGCUGCAUACAAGCUGCUGGAGAUCCAGAAAAAGCACAAGAUCAUUCGGCCAGGUGCCAAGGUGCUUGACCUGGGCUGCGUGCCCGGCGCGUGGCUGCAGGUGGCGUGCCAGCAGCUGGGCCCCAGGGACAGGGGCGGGCUGGUGCUGGGGGUUGACCUGCAGGAGGUCAAGGUGCCAGCCAGGUUUUGCGACGACCGCGUGAAGGUGCUGCAGGCUGACGCGCGGCUGCUGACUCCCGAGGUGCUCCUUGAGUUCACCUCAGACGGGUUUGAUGCGAUUGUCAGCGACAUGCUGCAGUUCACAAGCGGUGUCAAUGACGUUGAGCUGUCCCUGGAUCUUGCUGGAACAGCCCUUAACGUGGCCACAGGCUGCUACUAUGACAUGUACGGGGAGCAGUUUGAGCAGCAGGUCGGCUUCCGCCACUCUGGGUUCUUGCGGCCUGGUGGGAACCUGGUGAUGAAGGUCUACGAGGGCAGCGGCACGACAGAGUUCAUCAAGUCAAUGCAGCCCUACUUCACAAAGGUGGCGAGGAUGCGCGUGGAGGCCAGCCGCUCGAUGUCGCGCGAGUUCUACGCCGUGGGCUUGGGGCGUAAGGCUCCAGGGGUGCAUGGCGGCGGCGGCAGUGGCAAGGCCAAGCGGUGA